AAGCUACCUAAGGGUCCUCCGGAUCCCGGAAGUGCACAGAAAUACACGAGUGUUGAUUAUUUUUCGUGUUUACUUGGAUUUUCACUUUUUUGUGGAAUGGGGUACAACACAUUUUUGGUAUUUUAUGUAGCACAGUGAGACAAGACAAAGUACAGUUCUUGAUAAUGUUAUAAUUUGUGAGUUUGACCCUCUGAUUUUUCACUAUGAACAGGACUCAGUUGAAACGCUCGAGGAUUUUAAAAAUGGCUUUGAGCAACUCUGACCCCAAGGAGGAGGACGGAAAAGAGGAGUCGUUCCUCUUGCGGUCGAUAAAGAUCGCGUUUGUGGUGGCUUUGUACUGGUUUGUGUCCAUCGCCAUGGUCUUCAUGAACAACCACCUCCUGGACAGUAAGAAUAUGGACGCGCCGCUCUUCGUCACGUUCUUCCAGUGCGUGGUGAGUGUGGGACUCUGCGGCCUCAUGAGCUUGUUGUCGUCUUUGAAACCGGGCUACGUGGACUUCCCCUCCAUUAAAGUGGAUAUGAAAGUGUCGCUCCAGAUCUUACCCCUCUCUCUCGUCUUCAUCUCCAUGAUCACCUUCAACAACCUGUGCUUGAAACACGUCGGAGUCGCUUUCUACACGGUGGGCCGCUCACUGAGCACGGUGUUCAACGUCCUCUUCAGUUACGUCAUCCUCAAGCAGACCACGUCACUACACGCCCUGCUGUGUUGUGGCGUCAUUUUGGGUGGUUUUUGGCUCGGUGUGGACCAGGAAGAUGCCGCCGGCUCCCUCUCCUGGAUCGGGGUGGUAUUCGGGGUCCUGGCAAGUGCCUGCGUCUCCUUAAAUGCCAUUUACACCAAGAAAGUGAUGCCUGCAGUGGAUGGAAGCAUCUGGAGGCUAUCGUACUAUAACAACCUAAACGCGUGCGUGCUCUUCAUCCCACUGAUCAUCGCUUUCGGAGAGUUGCCACGCAUCUUCGAUUUCAGCCACGCCUCGGACGUCCAUUUCUGGGGCAUGAUGGUCCUCGGGGGCAUCUUCGGCUUUGCCAUCGGAUACGUGACAGGCAUGCAGAUUAAAUUCACCAGUCCACUGACUCACAACGUGUCCGGCACGGCGAAGGCGUGCGCACAGACAGUCAUCGCGAUCGCGAUCGAGCAAUCGCACAAAAGCCUGCUGUGGUGGAGCAGCAACAUAAUGGUCCUCGGAGGCUCGUUCGCCUACACCUGGGUCAAAGGACUCGAGAUGAAGAAAGGAAACACGAUUCCGGACGUUCCUCCUGCAGGAGAGAAAAAUAAAGCAGACGCAGGUGUAUGAUGGACAAAAAAUCUUUCUUGAACACACGGGCCGCACAGAAAGAAUACAUAACUUACAUUAUUUUCGUUUUAUUUAUUAUCUGAUUCUGAGCGACGUUUUAUUUUGGAAAAUUCCCGGAUUCUCUCCUCCACAUCUGUCUAUAACUCACUCUUGAUACAUGUCAUGAAGCUUGCCUCAGUCACAUGUCUUACCUCCAUCCGCUACCUUCUUAAAGGGGCUGCUAACACAUAAUACAUUACCGCUAAAUUCAAACCCCCAAUCUAGCAACAUGAACAAAAACAACACAGUGGAUUCACGUUUAUUAUAUUUAGAAAAUACCAGUUUUUAAGCCGGUCGUAUCAUUUUAUUUUGUUGUAGUUAUCCGCCACACCUUAUAGGCCGCUCCGUGAAUAUAUUGUCUUACAUUAAACCGGUCCGUGGCACAAAAAAGGGCACCGCUGGAUUAAGGGACAGGCAUUGAACAAAACAAUCUAAAUUAUUUUUCUUUUUCUGUAUAUUGGGUCUGAUGAGAAGCAUUUUGUUACAGAUGUAAGUUUUAAAAGGGAUUAUCAAUGAAUAAACAGUCGUGUUGGGUUUGACACAAUUACGCCACAUAAUAUGCAAGUUACAUUUAUAAAAAAAAAAAAAAAAGACACUUUAUUUUUUUUUAGCAAAACACCAGAAGACGUAGCAGAAGACUGCACCUUUAUGCAUUUGCAUUCGAUGUUCUCUCCCACCACUUUUUUUUUUAAUUGCUUUUUUAAAUAUAAAAUUUAUGUAAAAGCUUGUAAAUAUCAGAUCCAAAAACAUAAAAAGUGUCUUCGUUACAUGAAAGAAAUUCCAAAGGUUGGAAUGUAAUGCCGGGUGCACACUGUGCGAUUUUGAAAACCUUUUGCAAUUGGUCAUAAUGUCAAUGUCCGUGACACCUGCCUUCUCUCGUUAAUGGUAGCCUCUUCUUGCUGUACUGUCGCCUGACUCGUUUCGACUUUUUUCCUAUUGGCUGUUUGCACUAAUAGCGUUGAGCUAAUAGCGCCAUCAGGUCGGCGCUCUUAUUGAUUCUUGGUUUUUAUGGUCGUCGCAGGAGAAGUCACACAAAUCCGGAUAAAUUGGGAGUCCAGAAACUCUACGCCUCCACCCUUCCGUUUUCAAUCAUUUUCCAAAAAGUUGCACAUCCACACUGAAACGUCUGAAAAAACGCUUUUACGUCCCUGUACUGCUCAUGCGCAAACCGUAACACGUUUUCUUUUUACACGUGUCAUUUCCGCCUGCUGUUUAUUUACUUUCCAGCUCUUUGAAAGGUCACACCAAUGGCAAAAAAAACGCAGCAUCAUUUUUAAAUGCCUCCGUCACGGUGCGUACGGAAGGCCAAAACGGAAAGCAAAAUAUGCGUGUGGGCAGGGCCUAAAAUCCUUUGACAGCAACCUAGAAUUAUAGGAAUCUUUUACAUUUUUGGACCAAAUCAUAUCCAAAAAUCGCACAGUGAGCACCUGGCUUCAUGUUAAAUGAAGUUGAAUCUCACAGUUAUACUGUAACAUGUGUUGACACAUUUGGUAUCUAAGGAUUACAGAGGUAAUUCAAAUCCUCCUUUUAUCACGCAGGGUUUAAAGAGCUACAGAUUCCAGAUGGCGUAGUUGCCAAAACGCUGAUAAUCCAGGGGAGGAGAUAGCUCAGGGGUCAAGGUUCAGAAGAUCACCACUGAUGCCUUACGUUCACAAUGAAUCAGACAUUGUUUGCUCUGAAAAGAAGUGAAAUUUGAAAUGACUCUGAAAAAGAAAACAUUAUCUGUGAAUUAAACAAGACUUGUACGGUAACUAACACUGUGCGCACACAUCUUUAGUGCAUCCAGUAUACAUUUCAACUGGACUCAUGAAGUUUAAUGUGUGUGUGAAUUUUUUUGCUGUAUUUUAAUAUCUUUUGUUCUUUAUUUAAGCUCGAGAUUUAUCACCUGCUUUGUCUGCAGGUGUAUGAUGUGUUUACAUCAAGGACAUUUCUUUUCCAAGUAAUCAGGAUGCUGUGUUCCAGGGGUUUUUUGUAGGUAUUUUUUUGUUGUUGUUUUUUUAAAGAAGACACUAAUGGAAGUGAUUCCAUAAUUAAAUGAGUGAAAAACUUUAA